ACCAAUGCCUCCAGAGCAGCUCACUGGCUGCAUCCUUUUCCUCACAUUCCUUUUGCUGUCUGGACUGGUUGAAGCAGUUACCAGGACAUACUAUAUUGGGAUUGUGGAAGAACUCUGGGACUAUGUACCCCAAGGGAAGAAUGUUAUUACAGGAAAAAGUUUCUCAGAAGACAAGCUUGCAACUUUGUUUCUUGAAAGAGGACCCAACAGGAUUGGAAAUGUUUACAAAAAGGCUAUUUACAAACAGUACACAGAUGGAACCUAUUCCACAGAGAUCCCCAAGCCUCCUUGGCUUGGAUUCCUAGGCCCCAUUUUGAGGGCUGAAGUGGAUGAUGUGAUUAUCAUUCAUUUGAGGAACUUUGCUUCUCGACCUUAUUCUCUACAUCCACAUGGGGUUUUCUACAAAAAAGAUUCAGAAGGAGCGCUAUAUCCUGAUGGAACAUCUGGAAAAAAUAAAGAUGAUGACAUGGUUCCUCCUGGUAAAAAUUAUACCUAUGUUUGGCCAGCAAGAGAAGAAUAUGCUCCUGCUUUUGCGGAUGCCAAUUGUCUGACCUGGGUUUACCAUUCUCACAUUGAUGCACCAAAGGACAUAUGCUCUGGGUUGAUAGGGCCACUACUGGUUUGUAAAAAAGGAACUCUGACUAAUAAUCCAGCAAUCAGAACUGAUGUUAAUAAAGAAAUUGUAAUCAUGUUCACACUGGUUGAUGAAAAUCAAAGCUGGUACCUGGAUGAAAAUAUCAGGAAUUUCUGCACUGCUCCUGGCACAGUUGACAAGAAUGAUGCCGUUUUUCAAAGGAGCAACAAAAUGCAUGCUCUUAAUGGUUAUCUUUUUGGAAACUUCCCUGAGCCAGAGAUAUGUGUGGGAGACACUGUGUCCUGGCACUUAUUUGGAAUGGGCAAUGAGAUCGACAUCCACUCCAUCUACUUUUAUGGCAACACCUUCAUCAGCAGAGGACAUCGGACUGAUGUUGUCAACCUGUUCCCCGCCACUUUUCUUACCACAGAAAUGAAAGCUGAGAAUGCUGGGAAAUGGAUGAUCACCUGCCAAGUCAGUGACCAUCUGCAAGCGGGUAUGCUGGGACAGUAUAAUGUCAAGACAUGCACAAAUAAUAUUUAUCAACCCAAGUUGCAAGGCCGGGAGAGAAGUUACUAUAUUGCUGCUGAAAAAAUUCUUUGGGACUAUGGUCCUCAGGGUUACGAUAAGUACAGUGGCCUGCCCUUAAAUGCCACUGGCAGUGAAUCUGAGCCCUUCUUCACCCAAGGGGAAACUAGGAUAGGAGGAAAAUACUGGAAAGUUCAGUAUGUGGAGUAUACUGAUGCAUCUUUUACCAGAAGAAAAAGCCGAUCUGGGACAGAAAUCCACCUUGGAAUACUUGGCCCAGUCAUCAAAGCUGAGGUGGGUGACACAAUAAUAGUGACUUUUGCCAACAAAGCGGAUAGGGUCUACAGCAUUUUGCCCCAUGGUGUACUCUACAACAAGGCAUCUGAUGCAGCACCAAACCUUGAUGGGUUUCAGAAGAUGGGAGCCCAUGUAAAACCAGGUGACAAAUUCAAAUACAGGUGGAUGGUGCCUGAAAGUGUAAGCCCAACAGUUGAUGAUCCCCCCUGUUUGACAUAUAUGUACUUCUCAGCAGUGGAUGCAAUCAAAGACACCAGCUCUGGUCUAGUGGGGCCAUUGUUGGUCUGUAAAAGGAACACUCUAAAAAAUGAUGGAACACAGAAAGGAAUAGACAAAGAAUUCUACCUACUCUUCACAGUCUUUGAUGAGAAUCUCAGCCAGUACCUGGAUGAAAACAUUCGGAAGUUUACCUGGCGUCCCUUUGGUGUUGACAAAGAAGAUAAAGAGUUUGUGAAAUCCAACAGAAUGCAUGCUGUAAAUGGUUACAUGUUUGGCAAUCAGCCAGGCCUGGAUAUGUGCAAAGGUGAUAAAGUUUCCUGGCAUAUGAUUGGGAUGGGCACUGACACCGAUAUGCAUGGAGUUUAUUUUCCAGGGAAUACUGUUCAUCUGAGAGGGACUCACCGGGAUACUCUAGCUUUAUUUCCACAUAUGGCCACAACGGCAUUUAUGCAGCCAGACCGUGCAGGAAUUUUUAAGGUAUUUUGUUCCACAAUGGAUCACUUUUCAAGAGGUAUGAAGCAAAUAUAUGAAGUUAAUGGCUGUGGCAACAUGGCAGCUUUAGAGAAGCCCUAUGGAAUGAAAAGGACCUUCUACAUCGCUGCAGAAGAGCUAGAAUGGGAUUAUGCACCGAACAAAAAUUGGGAGUCUGAGAAACAGCAUUUGGAUGCAGGAGGAGAAAGACAUGGGGACAUUUUUAUGAACCGAACUGAAAACUGGAUUGGCUCCCAGUACAAGAAGGUGGUUUAUAGGGAGUAUACCAAUUCAGAAUUUGUGGAGAUCAAAGCCCGUUCCCCCAGGGAAGAACAUUUGGAGAUCCUGGGUCCACUGAUUCGUGCAGAGGUUGGUGACACCGUCAUCAUCGUAUUUAAGAAUAAAGCCACCAGACCCUACUCCAUAUCAGCCCAUGGAGUAGAAGACAUAAAUAGUGGGCAAAAAUUUUCAGUGCCAGUCACAAUGCCAGGAGAAGUAAAAACAUAUCACUGGAAUAUCCCUAAAAGGUCAGGGCCAGGUCCCUCUGACCCAAAUUGUAUCCCUUGGGCCUACUAUUCAACAGCAAAUUUUAUGAAGGACACAUACAGUGGUUUGAUGGGUCCUUUGAUAACUUGUAGAGAAGGAGUGCUGAAUGAAAAGGGAUUAAGAAGUGAUAUUGACUAUGAAUUUGCCCUUCUGUUUUUGGUGUUUAAUGAAAAUGAAUCCUGGUAUCUGGAUGAAAAUAUCAAAAAGUAUCUCAAUAAAGAUCCCCGAAAUUUUAAGCACACAGAAGAUUUUAUAGAAAGCAACAAAAUGCAUGCAAUUAAUGGAAAGAUCUUUGGAAACCUCCAUGGUUUAAUAAUGAAUGAAGAUACAAUGACAAACUGGUACUUGAUAGGAAUAGGAAAUGAAGUUGACAUACAUACUGUCCAUUUUCAUGCAGAAAGUUUUCUUUUCAAGAUGGAUAAAUCUUACCGUGAAGACGUGUAUGAUCUCUUUCCUGGGACCUUUCAGACCAUUGAACUGAUUGCUGAUCAUCCAGGAACAUGGCUUGUGCAUUGUCAUGUGACUGAUCAUAUCCAUGCAGGCAUGGAAACAACUUAUACUGUCUUCAGGAACUUAGACAACAGGGUUCCGUAUUCCACUAAGACCUCUUCUAAAGAAGAAGCAGUCCCUCCCACUGUGCCAACUGAUGGAGUCAAUAAGGAAAACGUACAUUUCUUCGGCAAAGAUCUUGUUCCCAGAGAAGCAAAAGCAGCUUUAGUCAUCCUUUUUAUUGUCGGUCUCUUUCUUCUCCUAGCGGUUAUAGCUCUCUUCCUCAUACUCCGAUCGCUGAGAAACCGCAUGGCUUACCGAGCCAUUCAGACUUGUGCACUCCCAACUGAUGCUUUGUAAUCCUGCCCUUCCUCAACCAGGAUGCAGGAGAAGAGGGCAGGUUUCACCUGUAGGCAGGGGGAAAAGCCAGUGCAACAAAAUAUAUAAGACAACGUUUCCAAUAAUGAAAUAGAUAUUGUGUCCUAGACCAGACUUCAGACUCCCUCAAAAUAUAACCAACUCAAAGCAGUUUGCUUUUAUCUGUUGAAAUGGACUAUGACUAAUUUUCAGGGAUAGAUAUUCACACACACACACACACACACACACACACACACACACACACACACACACACGCGCGCGCGCACACAGGCACGUGAACUUUAAGGAUGUCCUUUAUUUGAAGAUGCCUGAAAAAGGCUACUUGGAAAGAUGUCUCCAUUUUCUAUUUUUCCUACUCUAGAGAUCAAGCUUUCCUAGAUGGCCAUUAAACUUGGUUCCUAGGUAUUUAUCUCCCCAUACAAAGUACCAAGAAGUACUGGAGCAAUUCAAUGAGAUAGCUCUGAUUUUUUCCAAUUCCAAUUAUACUGUUCCCUAAGGUAUUUGAGGAAAGUCACUAUCGGCUGAAUCUGUAGGACUUUAAAAAGCAUCUGCUGGCAGAAUAUGAUCUAAUGAAUCUUCCAAAUGUUCAAUAAGCCAAAGCUCCAAAUUUUUCUUUUUCUUCUAUUACACCAAACAGGCUGUGUGUACUGUUGCCAAAAGUAAGGUUAUUAGGUUGGUUUGUCUGUUUUGUUUUGUUUUUUAACAUUGCUGCUUGCUUUAAGCAAACUUCUAGUGAUACUUGAAUGUUUACAAACUUACUUAAUACUAGAUGUUUUGACAAAAUAUUUCUGUAGCAAGGUUUGUAUUUUUUUUUUUAAAAUCAACUUCAUAUUUAUACUUAGGAAACUAGUAAUUCUAGUAUCUGUGAAAUAAUAGGCCAGGUCCUCCCACUGUUGAAUCUGGCCUCCAUGUACAUCAAAAUGUAGGGGGCUUCAGUCAAACUGUAGUGGGAAUUUCAGGAAUUGCAGGGUUGUUGUCCAGCAGAGGAGUUUAGCACUGAAUAUUUAGUUUGAUUUUUUAUUCAGCUUAGGGAUUCCUUCCAAAGCUCCAUUUUCUAUUGCAAUCAAAAUAGUAUGAAAAACACUAUAAGGCAAUUCAUCUAUGUGAUUGACCUCUCACAUAACUAUAGAUUUCAUACUUUUUUUUUAAGGAUCUGGAGCUUUCUUUUGGUUGGGGAGGGUGAGGGCAAACAGAAGAAAAGAGAAGGGAGCAGCUAGGAGAAGGAGGUGACUAGAAAGAAGGCUCUUUUGAAAGGAAAUCUUUUUUACUUUUUCAAAACUUUUAUUUAAAUAGCUUUGUAGAUUAGCAUUGAAAUUCUAUAGGCCAAAACAACUUCCUAACUAAACUCUCCCUGCCCCUUAUUCCCUAUUACUAGGUGAGACAGAUAAAAGUAAACUUUAUUACUAUUAGCCUAAAGAAUCUUUACUGACUGAGGGCAAGAAACUCACUACAAAGCAGUUAAGUGUCCUGGUAGUGUGUGUCUAAGUUAAGAGUGGAUCAAGUAGUCCUGGGGGUGACUGACAAAUACUUAAAGAUAAAUCUUGGUGGAGGGAUCUUUUAUGAAUAUUCUUUUGCAUCUAGAGAUUACAGUUAGAGGCAGGGAGGAGGGUAAUUUAAGAUAGCUACAAUAACACUGAAAAUCUGAAUAAUAACUAUUAGCUCUGUUCUUGACUAAAUGAAUGUCUAAUGUCAAUCAGGGAACUUCUUUUAUUCUCAUCUCAGUACCACUUAAUCAAGAGCAAAAAUAAAGAUAUAAUAUUCUAAUAGAUAACUUAAGGUUCACAAGCAAACUGUGAAUGCUGUGAAAUUACUGAACAAUAGAAUUUAAAGUAUUGUCAGUAACAAAUAUCUUUUUAAUGUAAUACCCUUCAUAAAUUUUUAUCUAUUAUAAGAAGCUUAUUUUGAUGUAUUCUUCCUUUUCAUUUGGUUUAAUUUUAAUGGAACUAUAAGUACAAAAAUUAGUUUAAUUAUAUCUAACACUCUAUUUAAUAAAGUAUUAUAUAUUAAUA